AUGAUGCGAAUCUUCACUGAUCCUCUGACCAUGGCGCUCAUUCCUCGAGGAAACCAUCUGGCCUUUGUGGCCACAGUUUGCAUGUGUGCAGGCCUCUAUCCAGCCAAUCUUCUGUCCGCAAACCACUCAACUGCAAUCGCCUACCGAAUGUACAACAACUUCCUAAAGCUCCUCAUGGUGUUGUGCUUCAUCUCUUCGUAUACUCAGCUGUAUAUCCUGCUAUCGGCCCAAGAGCUUCGCUAUGAGGAAAUCGUGAAGAACAUUUCAAUCUCUCUGCUGUUGAUUCUGAUGUUGCUCAGACAGAUGUUUAUUCGAUAUAGUCCUGAUGUGGCGCGCCUUCUGAGCAUGGUUGGCAGUGCUGAGCGUCUUUAUGGAGAGACCGAGGAUUUUGCAGUUUGGCGAAUUGCUGAAAAGGAACGGUUGUUUUUCAAGCGGCACUUUUUCGCAUAUGUUGCAGUACUCUGUGCAAUAUGUGUAGAAUAUAUGGUAAUGCCUUUUUACUACCAGGAGGCUGGCGCUCAAGAUGCCACGGGAAUAUCGAAGCCUUUUCUUUUGUCGUUGUGGUUUCCUUUUGAUCAGCAUGUCUUCUUCAUUGGCCUGCUGGUUUUGUCGCAAGUGACCACCGAUGCUCUGUUUUUCUGCCUCAUCCGGCAUCCAGUGGUCCAGUUGCAGAUGCUGCAACACUAUUUCCAACACUUUGAGCACUACUCUAAGCGGCUGGAGGAGCAGGAGGAAGUUGAGGAAAGUGUCUCUUAUAUUCGGAUGUUUGAAAAAUGCAUCCAGAUGCACUGGCGCGUUAUCGAAUUUUUGGAUUUGACCAAUAAGAACUUCAGCGGCAUGAUGCUGAUGGACUUCGUCCAAUCAUCGUUUCGCAUUACUUCUAUUUGCUGUGUAAUGGGAAUGUCCAAGUCUGUGGACUUUAUGGUGCUUGUCUUCACGCUGUCGCUGCUGACGCUCACCUUCGUUCGCGAGUGCUACAUUUACUUCUCCGGAAGCCAAGUGAUUUUUUUGAGCUGCGGAUUGGGGGAUUUGGCCUUCGAGACCGACUGGUAUCGGCAAUCUCGCCACUUCAAGUUUAUGCUUCAAUUUUUUAUUCAACGAAGCCAAAAACCGUUGAAGCUUAAAAUCGGACCCUUGGCAGACUUGAGUCUGGGAGCUCUUCUCUCUGUGAGUAUAUUGAGGGACUGUCUGGUGUAA